AUGGCCUCGUCCGACUUCGCCGGCGGCUUCGUCCUCUCUCCACCUCCUUCAUCAGUAGCCUCUUCCGAAUCCCACUCUCCCUCAUCCCUCCCACACCCACGCAGCACCCCCCUCCGCCCCGGUGGAAGCAAAGAAAGCUACCUCAUUCGGCACCUCGACGCGCAAAUCCUCCAAAUCCAACGCCGCUACGCCAAGCGCACCACGUUCUCCACAUCCGCCCUCACCAACGGCUCCAAACCGCCAAUAGCAGAGACAUGGGCGGGCGACGUCAAGGGAUACAGCAGCAUGAAGGAGACGUGCAAGGAUGUCGAGCAGCUGGUUGAUGUGGUGUGGAUGAGUGGGACACCGUCGCUGCAGGUGCCGUACUUGAUGAAUUUGGCGAUGAUUGUUGUUACGGCUGUGCAUGGCAUGCCGCCUUCUCCUAAGCGCCUUUUCGGGCUGCUUGGGAAGUUGGAUCGCGCGUUUGCUGGCUUGUUGCAGGGGAGGGAUGUGGAGACGGGGGAGGCGUUGCCGGGGUUUGAGGGGAGGAGGGGGGUUAGUGGGACGGAGAAGGUGCGGAUACGAUCGCUUGUUGAGAGGACGAGGGUCAGUGUCGUGGAGGCUUUCAAGAGGGCGGAAUUUGAAUUUGAUGAGGCGGAGGAUGAAGACGGGGAUGGAAUGGAUACAGCUGACGACGGAGAGCUGGUUGUGGAAGGGGAGGACUUUGAACGGGAGGAUGAUGAAGAUGACAGUUGGGACAUGCAACUCGCGAGAGUCUACGAUCGGACAAUGGUCGAGCUUGGGGACAGCUUGGAGGAGCCCAACAUUGGCGUGAUCACCGAGAGCCGACAGUAUAAUCGCGAUGGCUGA